AUUCCAGAAAGUGAAUGGAACUUUGGAAAAAAUGACCGCACCAUUCAAUCCAGGCCCCAGUGGUCUGGGAACGUUUGAGCCUCUUGGAUCACCAAGGUCGGAAAGAAAUUUCGGUGGUUUUUCUCCACUUGUGCACUCUGGCCGCUAUUCUCAACCAGACUUGCGCUACUGGGAUCCUGGUGUCCCUUUCUUCGUGGAAACAACUCCCUUUUCGAGCUUCAUCGAUCAAGGUGGUGGAUUUGACGACAUAACUCAACAAUGCGAGGUUACAGAAGUAGGGUUAAGCAAUCCCGUCAUCGGUCAAGAAAUCCAGUACACACCCAUGGAGAAUGCCGCAUAUGUCGCUGAGCCGGCAACGUUUCAGCAACCGACAGUGGCCCCACCUCCUCAACCGAUUUCACAGCCGUUAGUAGUGCUGCCAGAGGCUCCUGCAGAUGACCUUGCGAGGCAACAGAACGAAAUUGCGCAGCAAGAUGUCCAUUUAUUUGAAGAAAUCACUCAAGCACGCUGUAUUGAAUGUGAUAGAGUCAUUGACUCAAGAGGAUCAAGACAUGACAGGACUUCUUGCUCGCUAACGAAGUAUUUCAGAUGUCCUAAGUGUACUGCUUCAUUCAAUUUCGAGCGAAAUCUUGAUGUACAUACCGUGAUAGAACAUUCUUCACAGGCUGAAUACCUUCCUGGCUCGGAAUGCAAAUUUUGUGAUGGUAAGCGUAAGAGAAAGUCUUUCCAACGCUACCACGCAUUUUUGGCGCAUGUGAGACAGCAUGUUAAACCGGACAACUUUUUUUGUCCGUCCUGUCCGGAGGAGUUUGUUUAUCCCAGUAUGUUACGACGUCAUCGCAGACUUGCACAUGGAAUAAUGGAAGACGAAGUAGGUCUAGAGAAUUAUUCUGCCGAGCUGGGCUACUGUCCUCAUUGCUGUUCGAUGGUGGCUCUUGAGCAAGUUGAUGGCCAUCGCCUGCUGCAUUCGAUUCAUGUCCAGCUUGAUAGUAAAAUGAAGCGUUCAAAUGCGAGAAAGGAGAAGAACCGUAAAACUGUUGAAGUGCUCGCGACAGCUUCGGACAAACCUGAAAAUGGCGAGCCAAAAAAGAAGAAGAUUUUUCCAUGCGAAAAGUGUGGCAAAGAAUUUCCACGUGCUUUUGAUCUAAAGAGACACACAGAAGUUCAUGAAUCGACAAAGAAAUGGAGCUGCACAAUGUGCGAAAAGAAGUAUAGCCACAAGAAUUGCUUAGAUGAUCAUGUAAAAACUGUACACAGAGAUCCUUUAGGCACUAUGGUUACGUGUAAAAUUUGUUCCCAAGUGUUCGCAAAGCAAUCGAAUCUCAAUCGCCAUAUAAAAAUGCAGCACCCAAUCGGAGUUACUAAAGCUGUCCUUGACUGUCCCGAGUGCAGCUGUGUUUUUUCCAGUCGCAGAACACUCACCAGACAUCGAAGAGAAGCCCAUGGAACUGAGGUGAUAUCUGCCUACUACUGCCGUGUAUGCAAUCGUUGCUUUCCUAAAAUCUCGCUCUUAAGACGGCAUAAUCUUGUGCACGACCCAAGCGAGGGUUCGAAACCAUAUCAAUGCAGUCGUUGUUUUAAGAGAUUUAAUCUGAAAUCGACGCUGAAGCUACAUAUGGACAUACAUGCUCGCAAGGACGUUGACGAUCCUGUUCUAACAAACCCGAAAUGUCCGGUCUGCAUGAAGCAUCUCUCAUCACGUAAUGCUCUGAGAAAGCACAUGGCUAUCCAUCAAUGCAACUUCGAAUGCUCCAUCUGUUUCCAGAAAUUCUCGACUCUUCAUCGUCUCGAUAAACAUCGUUGUGUACCUCAAGCGCUGUUGCAAAAUAGCGCUGAAGGAGGGCUGUUUGAGUUAUCCGCCUCAAGUUUGCGAUCUAAAUCGCAGAUAAGGGCUCAGCAACCAACGAAGAGAUAUCACUGCCAAAUCUGCAGCAGCUCUUUUUACUCCUUCCGUGGUUAUAAGGAACAUUGUUCGCAGCAUCAAGGACUACGCCCCCAUCUGUGUUGGACCUGCCAUAAAUCUUUUCGAACUAGUGAAUUAUUGGAAUUCCACAGAGAAGUCCACAAUCGGGGCCCUGUCUAUUGUGAAUAUUGUCCUGCCAUACUCCAAGGUAGAAAUCAGUACACUCAGCAUAUUCACUCUCUUCAUCAGGCUGAAACAGGCGCUACCAAACAAAAUGGUGUGAAUCUGGCAGAUAGAGUGGACGGCGCUGCAUCUACACAGUCUUUCCCAGAUUUGACUGGACGUGAGCUUGCUGAGAACCUUUUCCGCACAAGAGCUCAAUCAGCUGAUCAUAAUGAUCAUGAUGUAGCGAAUGCCAAGAUGAAAACCUUCGCGACUGAUCAUUCCUCCGCUUCGGAAGACCGUCCGGUUAGGUGUGAAGUAUGCCGCCACCUUUACUACACAGUUCCACAUUUGGUGGAACACUGGAUGAACUCUGGAUGUGAUCGCGACCAUUCAUUCUGCGUCAUGCCUUGUCCUCUAUGUAAUUACUCUGCUAAUGGUGUCCUUGCCGGAGUUGAACACAUGAAACAGUAUCAUCCACAUGUCAUCGAAACUUUGCAAAGAAAAAACGAAGAGGAAGUGCAUAGUGCUGAUGAGAACACGGCUGAGGGUUCCGAUGGUGAAGGCCCAUCGGAGGACACUCAUGAAAGAACAAGAAGUGUGAAAAAGAAGCACAAGUGCAAAACUUGCAGCGCUUCGUUUGCCAAACCCAGUGACCUCGUUCGGCACAUCCGAGUGCAUACAGGAGAAAGACCGUACAGCUGUGAGGUGUGCCAACGAGCAUUUCGUGUUGCUAGCUCGUUGUAUGCUCACAUUCGAACGCAUACCAGGGAACAGGCUGAACACCCUUGCGCUGUUUGUGGAGCUGAAUUUUUCUCGAGAAGCUCAUUAGUGCUUCAUCUUCGCAUACACAGCGGAGAGAAGCCACUUCAGUGUCGUCGCUGCAAUCAAACCUUUAGAACAAGUUCGAUAAGAAGGCAGCAUGAAAUAACCUGGCAUGGCUUUUCUGGAGGACAUGUUUGCAAGAAGUUCCCUUGUCACAUCUGCAAUGCCUGUAAAAGGCGUCGUUUGUUAGCGGAAAUGCGCUUAUCAGAACCCUCAACUGUGCCACCUCCGGAAAUUCCAUCGUCAGCAAAGACUCCAGCGGUCGAAAACAAGACGUUGUUUCCUGUCAAGAGAAAAGCACCUUCUGCUGUUGCGCAGGAGAAUACAGAAGUCACUCAUUCCAAACAAUUUGAAGAGACAGUUGCCGAAAUCAGCAAACUGCCACCCACAGCAAUCAAAAGAUCUGAGGGGUCUGCGUUCGGACCGGUGGCGAAAACCGCUCAUCAACCGCCACAACCGGAUGUAGAACUCUUUAUAACAGCAAGGCGAAUAGCGCAUAAUGAGUAUUCUGUCAGCUUUUCGAAGACGAAACCCAAGUCUAUCCGGUCAAAGGUGGAUACUACUGUGAGUCUGAGUGCUAGUCUUUUGUUGGAUUCUGCAGCCAAGAACGCUUCUAUACAUCUCACACUCAGCGAUUCACAAGUUUUGAGUGUAUCGUGUGUCGGCGUUGUGAAAGCUAUGCAAAGUUGUGACUCAGUUGUAAUGAGAGCACGACCGGUGGAUCCAUUAUGUCCAAGCACAGUGGAAUUACUGCCUCCAUCCGAAGUUGUGGAAUUUGUCAGGAGGUGCGACGUAUGUGAAGUCGAUCUACAUUCAAAAGAAGCGAGCGAUGCUCAUUUUGCUUCGGAGGAUCACGAAACGGCACAGAUUACUCAACCUUUGCCUACGGCUGUACACGAUGCGAUUGAACAUUCCAUGCAGCCGGCUGCAGCCGUACCGCUUCAAAGAAAGGAUGAAAAGACUGAUUUCACAUGCAAGCUAUGCGGGCGCAAGUUUUUGGAUAUGGAACCGCUUGUUGCACAUAUUCGUCUGGAGCAUGAGCGUGAUCAUCCACCGGGUAUCACACGCCCCUUGGCCAGAACUGCUCCAAUCCAUUGAACGCUAUUCGAUCUACGAUUCUCUUUCAAGUGCACUUCCCCAAAUACUUGUCAAUAUCUACCGGUAAUAUUUUUUCUAUCCUAUUGAAGUCUAGUCUAUGAAAGAUUUAGGUAUAAGACCAUUGUUUUAAUGUCUACUAAGCAAAAUGAUGUGCAUUGCAUAGAUACGCCGAUCUUUCACCAUUCCAUUGUUUUAGCAAAUAAAAAGAUUAUUGAGC